ACGGCGAAAGUUUGUCAAACAGUCUCCCUCUUGUCCUGCUGCUGGGCGCACUCUGCUCCUUCUGCGCACUCCUCCUCAGGAUGUUUGUCUCCGUCGGACGCAGCCUUUGCCACGGCUGAACCCGAACAUGUAGCCUGCGCGCUCUCAGCGGCGCAUUUGGGGAUACUUAUAUAUUUUUAAACCGGGAGCUGCGGAGCGGGCGGCUGGCUGGCUGGCUGGCUGGUGUUGCGGUGUUGGUGUGGUCUGGUGUGCGGGAUCCGGUGACCGCCGGGGCGGACGGGCCACCAUGCUCCGGCCGUGGGCUGCGCAGUGGAUCACAGCUGUGCUCCUGUGUCGGGCGGUGGCGCAGUACUCCAGCGACCAGUGUAGCUGGCGAGGAAGCGGUUUGAGCCACGAGUCUCACCGCAGAGACGUGGAGCAGGUCUACCUCCGCUGCUCUCAGGGGUCUCUGGAGUGGCUCUACCCCACCGGUGCCAUCAUCGUCAACCUGAGACCCAACGUAGAGCCUUCGUCAGGACGCGUGUCGGGCCUCCAUGUGUGCAUCAAGCCCCGGACUUACUCCCAGGGUUCUCACGUGUACCUGGAGCAUGCAGGGGAUCUGAGGCUGCUGCUGGCGGAUGAGGACCAGGCGGCGGUUCACUGCUUCAGCCUGGCAGAGGGGGCUCUCUUUGUGGAGGCCAUCCCGCAGGCAGACAUCAGCCGGAGGAUCACGGCUUUCCAGUAUGAGCUGGUGCCCAGCCAGGGGCCGGGGGCGCACAUGUACCCAUACCUGCACCCUGGUCUAGUCACCUGCAAACCCUGCUCAGACGAAGAGGUGCUCAUGGCUGUGUGUACCAGCGACUUUGCUGGCAGCGGCGUCUUUGGAGGUGUGGCGUCGGGCACCAACAAACACUCCCCGGUUGUGGUCACUCUGAGCCGACUGUUUCGUCAGAAGAGCGGGGUGUUUGCUUGGGGUGGAGCCAGAGGACGAAGCUGGCGGGGACGUGUCAACGUUCCCAAACAGUGCGCUGUACAUCCAGGCCAGGAUGAGUACCUGUUAACUGGCUCUGUCCACUUUGGCGAAGCCUGGCUUGGCUGUGCACCUCGCUACAAAGACUUCCUGAGUCUGUACAUCAGAGCUCUGAAAGAGGGAACAAACCCCUGUCAAAUAGACGUAGACUGAGAGAUCUCCUCGUGGCUUUGUGUAAAGGAAGGAGGGUUGCUCAAAAUGUCAGCGAGGAAGGUUGAAAGUUGGGGGAUCGAGCAAGAAGGGAUAAGCGGGCUUAUAAACCCCUGGUCAUCACUGAAGGCAACUUCUCCAGACUCUCUUUAGUGCUGUGCAGCUUAUUUUUGCCUCGCAGCAGAAAGGACAGUUGGACACUGAACGUUUCAGCAGCUGAACUGAAAUGUCAUGUAUACUGCAAGCAUAAAUGUGUGCAUGAGUGACAGAGAAUGAAUGAUUGAUUAGUUAAAUUUGUGCCUAACUGGUUAACUUUUUUUUUUCCCCACAUUGAUGAUACUGCUCAUUCUUGAAAUGAAAGUUUGCUUUGUAAAAAGCUUUUUGUAAAAUUUAGGAGUCUUCUGACAGAAGUGUAUAGUAUGCAGCUCUGUGAGUCUUUAUAAGUUUGUGUGUGUGUUUUGCUAUUGAGUUCAAAAGGGUCUGUACAAAUUGACAGAAAAUUAAAAGGCAUCUGUGUUUCUGUUGAUGAA